CAGGGUUCCUGCGUAGACCGCCCCCCCCGCCCGGGCUUCCUCUGGGGUCCCGCGAGCGACCAGGUGGCUGAGGCGGAGCCGCUUGCAGGGAUGACCACUUGCUGCCUCAGUGUCCUUUCCGCGUACACUGGAGGCGAAGCGGCCUCCGGCCUCCCUCCGAGGCAGCCCCAGGGCCGGGCGCGUCGUGAGAGCACGCGAGGUGACACUAGCAUGUGACCGCGCCAGGAGAAAGCGUACAAAGGCAGUGGGCUACUCUGCGAACGUGGGGAGCCGCAGCCCUCUGACAGAGGUCUCGUGGGCCGGGGUCCUUGCCGCGGGUCUGCCUCCCGCCUUCCUCCGCCCGCUCUGAUCCUGGACCGUCCUCGAGCCCGACGGCCGAUCUGAACGUGGUGGACGGGGGCCAAGAAGUCGCUGGAAGCGUCACCGCAGCGCUCUGGGCGGUUAUGAGGCCCCGCCGUGCGGGUUUGCAGAGAGAACUCUGAGCGCCCCGGAGGAGUCGCGGGGUGCUGCCGUGUCCCUUUGGAACGCCCCGCCGUCGUAGCUGCCUGCCCGCCCGGGCUUGGUGCGCCGCCCACGCGUUAGUGCUGUGCCGAACUCGUUCUCAGAUUCAGGGCAAGUGCUUGUCAGGAACUUCGAAGGGCAGAGGACCGGGCACCCCCGGUGCAUUUAUUCAGGAGACUGAGAGAUCAGCUCCAGGGCCUAAUACUCUUCCAUCCUAGUUUGAAGGGCCUUAGACUCGGAACGCAGGGAUUCGAACCUUUGUUCUGCUUGUUACUAGCCUUUGCGUCCAAAGAUGUGUCACCCAAACUUGGAACUUGCGCUUUCUCCCUAAAAUGGGAGAUGAUGGUAUGCGUACCGUUGCUCUGCUGAGGGUCAGCUGUGGUCAUGAAGCUGAAAACGAGAGGCUGGCCCAGUACGGUGUCGUGAUUAAGAAAUCCACGCCGGUUCCCUAACCUGGGGAAGAGGUGCGUUGUGCUUUCCGAGUCAGGUCCUGAGUCGGAAGCGGAACUAGAGCAGCAAAUGAGACGACGUCUCCAACCUCGUGCAGCUCACGUUCCGGCGGGGCCUCGGGCAGCACAGAGCAACUGUGUGUGCCGGGAGCCAUCAGAGUCCCCACUUUACGCGGGAGAAGACAGAGGCACAGAGAGGUUCAAAGUGACCCGCCUGCUGGCACCCAGCUGGGCAGUGAUGGAGCUGGGAUUCAAACCCCAAGCCGUCUGCCUUCCAAGCCCAUGCAGUUUAUCCCUGUAACGCCCUGCAAGUCGACACGUUGAGUGGGCCCUUGGAUGUAUGGAUGUGGAACUCAGGGGAAUGGUCAGGGCUGAAGACACACGUUUGGCCUUUCAUUACUUGAUUGCGUUCAGGCAGCCGGCAUCCAAUAUUCCCCCUCCGUGAGGUUCAGAGGGUGAGAGAAGGAGGAUCUGGUGAUAUUUGUCAUGAGUGGAAUUAUGUGGAACAAUGUGGAAACACAGGAACUUGAACCAUACACACAAAAAUAGGUUCACGUCGAAGCCUUAACCCGCCGUGUCACUGUGUUGGAGAUCGGGCUUUUAAGGAGGCGAUUAAGGUUAAAUGCGAUUGUUGGGGGUGGAUCCUGAUCCUACAGAACUGGUGUCCCCACGAGAAAGGGAAGAGACACCAGAGAGCUUUCUCUGCCACAUGAGAACGUGGUGAGAAGCAGGCUUUCUGGAUCCCAGGAAGAGCAUUCUCACCAGGACCCAACCGUGCUGGGCUGCCAGCCUCCAGAAUGGAUUAAAAGGAUUUACCAUACAUCUUAUGACUCUUUACUAGAGCCUUGGGAGAUAGAUAUGUUUUCUAUAAGUGGAGCAUAGUUGGAUUUCAUAGUUGGAGUUUUUAACCUAAUGGGAGGAACCUUUGUCUUUUAACAGAUAAAGAUGAAUGUCAUGUCUCAACCAACACUGAAAAUGUGAAGUUUAGAAGACAUUUGCUAAGUCAAGUCACCUCAUCCGGGUCAUGGAGAAUGUCUCCCAUCAUUUAUCUUCUUGGCUAACACUUCGAUCUUACUGCUCUUCUGUUGAAUCUUAAGCAGUUUCAAGGCAAAUUGUUAUUCAAGUCAAAGACAUCAUAAUGCAGAGUGCUUUCUCAGUACCACCAAAAGAUCAAGGAGGUGUUUCCCUGCUCACCAGUCCUGUUGACAAACAGCUGACUCAGAAGAAGUCGGAAUCUCCUGGAAAGACAGCAUGCACAGGUGAAUCAAACAGCCCUCCUGGAACGAUUCAGGGUGGGAAGGGUCUGCAGGGUAAGAGUCAGUUUAGAACCAUCGCUCCAAAACUUGCGCCCCAAGUCCUGGCGCCCAGAGUGCUCCCGGGCCCGGCGCCCUCCCUCUCUGACCACGCGCAUCCAGGCCCCUCCCUCGGCUCGAAGGCCCUGGGGAUGCCCCCCCAGAAUUACGCGCUGAUGCAGGUGGCCGGCCAGGAAGGGACCUUCUCUCUCGUCGCUCUGCCACACGUCGCCUCGGCUCAGCCACUCCAGAAACCCAGACUGCCUCUGCCCAAGAACCUGAAGCUGCCCAUCCCCCGGUACCAACGCCCAGGACAUAGCAAAGGAGCCAGAAAGAAACCGGGGUUCAGCUCCUCUGACAGGGGCUGUAGCCAAGCUCCCGCCCAAACCCAAGCAGCCCCUCCCCUGCCUGAACAUCCCGAGGCCCCGCACAAGCCCAGCCAACCCAAGCCGGCGCUGGCACCCGGCCAGGCCCCGGCCUCGCUGACCAAUGGGGGUGGCCAUGGAGACCCUGGGCCCCCAGGGACCAGCGACCACGGAGGUCGGGACCCUCCCGCCGCCCCAGCGCUGUCCACACCGGAGGAGCCCUCUGCCGAGCGGGGCCUCCCGAAGAGUUCAGGGAGAGCAGGCGUUGCAGGCAAGAAGCCCUCCAGGAAGCCUACUGUUUCCAGGGGAGAACUUAGAGAACAGGUCGACCUUGCCAGAGCGGCGAGCCAUUUGUCGCCAGGCGUUACUGGAAACGCGGUUCAGGUGGUCUCUUCCAUCCCCGGAGGUAAAGUGCCCAUCCUGCCCUACUCAAGAACGAGGGCGUCGCAAGUUUACAAAGGCGGUGCAGCUGUGAACCUUGAGGAUGUUUCUCUCCCUGGGCUCAGGGCAGCCGGUGAUAAGACCUCAUCCGUCCUGGAAGGCUUCUGUUCGGCCCCCCAGGUGGCCGACAGGGGACCUGCCCCACAGGCAUCAAGGCAGAGCCCCUGCGACAGGGCCUACUGUCCGGCCACCAAAGCCGACCUCAACCACAAAACAAAACCGAACGGCGGGGCAGCCAAAAGAAGAGGAAGAAAACGGAAGGUCCCGGAUGAACUUCUGACAUUUCAGGGUAAAAGGAGGAAAUGUGUCAUUAGUAAGUGUAAAGAUGGCAAAGAAAGAGCCAAAGCCGAUCCCCAAGAGUCCAGGGACCAAAAACCUGGGGUUGUGAAAAAAUACCGUAGCAUCAUGCCCAAACCUGUCCUGGUCCUGCCGGCCCUGGCUCCCCUGGCGUCGCCCGCGGCCACGUUACAGCCCCCCGCGCCCAGCAGCCGGGGGCACGCGUCGUUCAAUCACUCCCUGGCCCCCAAGCAUCCGGGCUGCAGGCCGGACGAAGGCCCCUCCCCGAAGCCCGGCUCGACCUUCAGAAAUGGGUUCUCCGGCCUCAAGAAGCCUUGGCACGGUUGCCACGUGUGCGAGCACGCCUUCCAGCCCAAGCAGCACCUCCGCGAGCACGCCAACACGCAUGCCGACAGCCGGCCCUGCAGCUGCCGCCUCUGCCGCAAAGCCUACGUGCGGCCGGGCAGCCUGAGCGCACACGUGCGGCUGCAUCACGGCGACUCCCGGCCCAGGAGGCUCGUGUGCUGCGAAUUCUGCGCGAAGGUGUUCGGCCACGUCAGAGUCUACUUCGGCCACCUGAAAGAGGCGCACGGGGUGGCCGUCAGCACCGAGCCGCAGCCGCAGCCGCAGCCGCAGCCGCAGCCGGGGGACCUGCUGAGGACCCGGGAGCAGACUGCCCGAGGGAUGGAGGGACCGGUGGACAGGGAGACCAAGUCCAGCCUGGAAGAAGACCUCCUUCUGAACCAGGCUGAUGAGGUCAAAUUCCAGAUCAGAUGUGGCCGCUGUCAGAUCACUGCCCAGUCUUUUGCUGAAAUCAAGUUCCACCUGCUUUACGUUCAUGGAGAGGAGAUCCAGGGCCAGUUGCAAGAGGAGAUCUCACCCUCCUUGGGAAGCAGGGGAGCUCAGGGAGAACUGGUUCCACAGGCUGCUCCUUUCUGGAAACAUCCUGAGAGAAGAAAGCAGCUUAAGCACCGUCCCUUGGACGGGGAACUCUGUGCAGUCCCCAGAUUGAAAAAGCAGCUCUACCUCCGUCAUCAGAAUGAUGUGGAGAUACUUGCGAAACAUGAAGGCGCCCAGCCAGGACCCAGUGAGCCCGGAGGACACCCCCAGGGCCCCGAGGGCCCCGGCCCCGACGCUGCCCUCUCCCCACCCCGGCCUGGCUUUAACUGCGUCCUUUGUGCACAGACGCUGGGGAGGAGGGAAGAACUGCUCCUGCACUGGGAAGAGCAGCACAGGUGCCAGGACCCGCCGACCCUCUGGAAGCUUCUGAGCUCGCUCUCCAGCCAGGGCGCCGCCCAGCGUUCCGGCCAGAGCGGAAAGUGAGAGAGACCGGAAAAUGAGACGGCGAGCCGAGCCGAGGGGGAAGGGGAGGCGCUCUCUCCGCUUCCUCUGUUCCGUGGAGGUGCUUCACGACAGAAAUCAAGCAAGUUAGGGUCAGCAUUAAUGAGCAGAAGUGAUUUCUGUACAUACUUUUAUUCUUUUAUGAAAUAUAUAUGUACAUGUGCCCUUGAUGCGUAUUUUUCUCACGUAAUGCAGUUUUAUUUUAAAAUUCUAUGUCCUGUUAGUAUCUGAGACUUUAUUUCAGAUUCAAUAAAAAGAUAAAUUU